UUUUCAUCCAUCCCUAUCUCUCUUUUAUCCAUCAUUUGUAUUCCUUGAAAUUUCUUUUCAGUGGUUUUACUUUGCUUGAUAGUCGAUUUUUGUCUUGAGUCCCUUGAUUACAUUUUCCCAUCUCCCUUUGCUCCCAUCAUGUUGGGCGCUUUCCGCCGUAACGGCGUUGCCCAUGCUCUGCGCGCUUCUGCUCCACGGUCUCUUUCAGCCAGAGUGACACCCCAGCAGCUACAAUGGCGUCCACCGACCUUCUCUGCAAUCUCGCAUGUGCCCCGCUCGCUUUUCCAUGCAUCUCGAGUUUCUUUCUCUGCCGUUGCGGAAGCUCAGGUUCAGAAUGCUGAGGCCGAGCAGGAAGGCCGCUUGUCCAGUUUCAAGCAGCUGGCGGAUCAGGGAUUGGUCGACCCCAUCAUUAUUCGUACCAUUAACAAGAACAUGGGAAUUAAGACGAUGACGGACGUUCAGAGCAUGACAAUUCAGGAAACUCUGCAAGGGAACGACGUAUUGGCUCAAGCAAAGACUGGAACUGGAAAAACACUCGCCUUCCUCCUCCCUGUGGUGCAAAACAUCCUGAAAGACCCCACUGUCAAAAAACGUUCAUACAGGCGUUCAGGGGCUACGUCGGCUGAUAUCCGUGCUAUCAUAAUCUCCCCAACCCGUGAACUUGCGGAGCAGAUUGCCACAGAAGCGAAAAAGAUAGCGUCUGGUACCGGGAUUGUGGUGCAAUCGGCCGUCGGUGGCACUCGUAAGAUGGAAGGCCUGCGUCGGAUCCAGAGAGAGGGCUGUCACUUGUUGGUUGGUACGCCCGGCCGACUCAAGGAUAUUCUUUCCGACCCAGAGAGUGGAGUCGAGGCUCCUAAGUUGUCUAGCUUUGUUCUCGACGAGGCAGAUCGCUUGCUAGAUGAUGGUUUCGCUCCUGAGAUUUUCGAAAUUCAACGCCUACUCCCUGACCCGAUGAAUGUCGACCGUCAGACGCUCAUGUUCUCGGCUACUGUCCCGAAGGAAGUCAUGUCCAUGGUUCACCAAUCCAUGAAACCGGAUUUCAAAAUUAUCCAGACUGUCAAGGAGGAUGAAGUACCUACUCACUUCGCAGUUCCCCAGAAGAUUGUUACGCUCGAUGGCUUCCAGAAUUCUCUGCCCGCCAUUCUUGAGUUGGCGAAGAAUUAUCAAGCACACAUGGCUAAUGACCGCAAUGCCCGUCCUUUCAAGGCCAUUGUUUACUUUAACUCCACAAUGCAAGUAAAUCUGGCCCACCAAGUGUUUAAAAAGUUGCUCAACAACCCCGAUGACCGCCGGAGUGGCCACCCUUUGAACAGGAUAUACAUAAUGGAGCUCCACUCGCGUCUGACCCAAAACCGGAGAACGCUUACUUCCGACUUCUUCCGGAACAGUCGCUCUGGUAUUCUCUUCUCGUCCGACGUGACGGCGAGAGGUUUGGAUUUCCCGGACGUUACUCAUGUCAUUCAGGUUGGAGCUCCUCGUUCCCGUGACACCUACAUCCACCGUAUCGGACGUACUGGACGAGCAAACAAGGAAGGUGAGGGAUGGCUUCUCCUUCAUCCUGGUGAAAACAAUUGGAUCCAGAAAAAGUUGGGAGACCUGCCUAUCGAGAAAGAUCAUACGCUGGCCACGGCCGUCACGAACAUGCGUCAGGAAGUGGGCGACGAAGUUUCCCCAUCCGCUGCAGAGUCGGUGGCGCAAGUCAAGGCUGCUAUGCAACAGGUUCCUGAAGACAUCCGGGAACAGGCAUUUAAGUCUCAAUUGGGCACUCUGUUGUCAGUCUUCCCCCGUCCGAGAGAUAUGAUUCUCGCCAUGAACGAGCUUGCCGUGCAUGGGUAUUACCUGCCUGAGCCCCCAGCGAUUUCCUCUGGCAUGGCCCAAAACCUGGGCGUGGCCGACGUAAGGGAGGCAAAUGUUUCCGGGCGUCGUUUUGGCUCUCCUAGAAGUCAGCGUGGUCCACCUCGUGGUCCUUCUCGCGGUCCCAGCCAAUCCAGGGGUGGCCGUGACAACCGCGGAGGCUACCAAGAGCGCAGAUACGACUCUAGCCGCCGUGGUUCUAACCGCUGGGACAACAGAGACCGCUAUUGAUAGAGGUAGCCUGCAAAUAUCUCGCUGACUACCCAUAUUUCUCUGAAAACUUUGAAAGAACAAAUUUCCAAAUGCAUUGGGCGGCGUUCUUUACGGUUACUGCAACUACUCUGUACACUUAUAUCAGAGAACGAAUCUUCUCCUCUCCGGAUGUAUUUUUAUCAUGUAUGCCGUUCUGUCGCUUCGAGAUACCAUAUGACUUCUCUUCUUCUGAUCUGUCUCGAUAUACCGGGCGUGUUCUGAAUCGGGCCACAAGGAUUAUGAUCUAGACUGUUAUCUAUCUUCUUUAUUGGAUAUAUUGAGCUGGGGCAGACGGACACCCGAUAUGUAUUAUGUAUUGUAUUAGUCUAGAUAGGUUCGUCAGUUUUCAACGUUAUAAACACAUCUAAUU